CCCGGCGAUGCGACAAAGUUGUGACGCCGCAAAACCUCGUAUUUUUCAGACGCAGCAAAAAUGCGACGUCCCGUCCGAGUGCAAAUGCAACUUUAAGUCGCCAUCUUAAAGCUCCUGGUUUUUUAUUGAUCUGCACAUUCUCUUGAAACAAGAAACAAGCAGGCAGGACAAUAGGGUGCACAGCCUGCCCUCCUGAGUUACGCCGGAAUUAGCGAUCCGCUGCCACAAAUGGCACAGGAGGACGCCUUCCGCCGCCGCAAACUCAACUUCAACGAGGACGAGACCGAGAUCCUGAUCCGGGAAGUGACACUGCACCAGGAUCAACUCUUUGGAAGAGGGGAUACCAAACUGCCCCCGGGGGCCAAAAACAAGAUCUGGCUGUCCAUUCUGGCCAAGGUUAAUGCAGUGUCCAAGUGCACCAGGGACAUCGGGGACAUCAAGAAGAGAUGGUACGACAUGUGCCACCGCACCAAGGACAAGGUGAUCAAGUUGGCGCAGGAGGCGUUGCGGAACGAGAGAGCCAUCGCCCGGACCCCCCCGCGGCUGCGCCGGGGGGAGGAGGAGGAGGAGGAAGGUGACGAGCCCCCCUCGGCGUCCCUGGGUCACCCCCCGGCUGCCCCGGGCACCAGGGGAGGUGAUGACGGCAGCGAGCCCAGUACCAGUGGCGCCAGCCAGGACGGCAGCACAGUCACAACCAGCAGCCAACAUGCUGCCCCCUGCCAGUGGAAGAAGCCGCUGGCACUGCCCCUCCCUGUGGCUUGGCACAGCAGGCAGGUGCCACCAAUGCUCAGCCACCAAACUGGAGUGCAGUGGCCGCCAGUCUUGCUGUUCACACUGGGCCAGAAUGCUACGCGAGACAGCAUUCGGGAGCGACCCCCAGACCAUCAAGCAGGCAACACCUUCAGUGAAACCAUUGUGGAAGUGAAACAGGAAGACAUUAGUCCAAAUUUUGAUGCGGAUUAUUCUUCACCAGACAUUGCAUCACCACCGAAUCUUCAAGAAGAAAGGCCUCGAGGGAAAAGGUUACAUAAGCAAAUUUCAGAGGAAGAAUUCUUGGGCAUCCAGGAGCAACACAAUGUAUUACUUGGGGAUGGCAAUAAGGAGUUGCACGGUAUCAGGCAGGAAUUGAGAGAGCUACGGAUUGAUCUUCAAGAAUUGGCUGCAGGCAUCCGGCAACCCCUGGAGCGGCUUGCAGAUUGCAUCCAGGCUCUCCUUCCAUUGUUGCAGCAUCCACCUUGUCCUCGUAGGAUAGAGAUGACUGACUCAUUUACGCAGCCCGACGAAGAAGAAACUGCGGAGUCUGGCUCUUCAUCAUCCCAUAGCCGACGGACGGAGCGCAAAACCUAUAAACGGCCAAAACUGGACAUGUAACCAGUCUGUAUUAGGCCAGGGGAUUUUUGCUUCUUUGAUUUCUGUCUUUGGUUGGGUCAAGUGUUUACCUCUCUAGGUGACUGCAUAACCCUAUCUAGUGACUUCCAAAAGUAAGUGUUUGACACUUGGUUCUGUUUACAUUAUAGUGGUAUCGCAAGGAUUUUAGGAAAAUGUUAUAAUGAGAGUAUGAAGUUUCAUGCCAUCUGCACUUAAACAAUGGGAAGAAAAGAAAUAACACUACAGUUAUAAUCUAGAUUGUGUGUUGUGAGCUGUGUCUGCAUGGGCUACUUUGAGCUUGGGUAAAUUGCAGAUCUACAUACCUAUGUGGCGCUGAGUUUUUCAAUGUAAUGAAUUAAAUUUUUCACUUUGUACCAUACUGAUUAAAUUAAAUGCCAGUGAUUCUCAGCAACUUCUAACACAGUUUAAAGAGUACAGUUAAUCGAAAACAGUAUUGUUUCAUUGUGGAAACAAUAGCUAAGCAAACGUCUCUAAAAUAGCUGAGUUAACAUCCUGGAAAUGGAGACAGGAAGUAGAGAAUGAAUAAAUAUUAAAACUUAAAUUAUUUGAUCAAUCACUUACAUCACACAAGCUUCAGACAAACGGUAAUGAGCAUCAGAGUAGACUAGUCUUUAUUUAGUAUGUUAAAGAAGUAAUUUUAAAACUUUAGUGUCCAUAUACACCCUAACAAAAUACAUCUAAUUGGUCUGAUUUUACUCAAACAUUGACAUUUUUAAUGUCAUUUUGGAAUUACUUUGGCAAAAUUUAACUAUAUUUAUGAUAAAUUGGAACUUUGGGCAACUGAGAAAUAAGCACUCUCAUCUAAAUUUAGAAAUGUUUUCAGCAUUUAUUCCCAUCACACAGCCAUAGACCCAUGGUGCAGAAAGAGGUCCUUUAGCCUACCAUGUUACCAAACAAAGAGACCUUGGGGUGCAGUUUCGUAGUUCCUUGAAAGUAGAGUCACAGGUAGACAGGAUGGUGAAGAAGCUAUUUGGUAUGCUUGCCUUCAUGUUCAGGGCAUUGAGUAUAGGAGUUGAGAUGUCAUGUUACAGCAAUACAGGACAUUGGUUAGGCCACUUUUAAAAUACCAUGUACAAUUCUGGUCUCCCUGCUAUAGGAAAGAUGUUGUUCAACUUGAAAGGGUACAGAAAAUGUUACAAUAUCUUUGAUGAAAGAACACGGUCCUGAAUCGUGUCUUGCUGUCUCCCAGAUCUGCAUGACCUGCUGAGUAUGUCCAGCAUUUUCUGUAUUUAUCCCAACAUGUAGCCAGGAUGGAGGGUUUGAGCUAUAGAGAGUGGCUGCGUAGGACUGUAGGAAGAGGUAGAGGAUGGUACAAUUACAACAUUUAAAAGGCAUCUGGAUGGCUACAUGAGUAGGAAGGAUUUAGAGGAUAUGGGUCAAAUGCUCACAAAUGGGACUGGAUCAGUUUAGGAUAUCUGGUUGGCAUGGACCAGUCAGACCAAAGGGCCUGCUUUCGUGCUGUACAUCUCUGUGACUCUAUGUUUGUGUCAGGUCAUUAAGCAUCUAUCUGUCCUAAUCCCUUUGUGCAGCACCUCGCCCACAGUGUUGUAUGCAAUGGCACUUCAAAUGUUCAUCUAAAUACUUUUCAAAUGUUGUAAAUAGUUCCUAUCUCUCCUACCCUUUUAGGCAUUGAGUUCCAGAUGCUCACUAGCUUCAAAGUGAAAAAAAAAUUCUCCUUAAUUUGCCCUCUAACCUGCUCCUGGAAACUGAUCCCUCUACUAAGGGGAAAAGAUUAUUCCUAUUGAUCCUGUCUGUGUCCUUCAUAGUUUUGUACACUUCAAUCAGGUCUUCCCUCAGCCUUCUCCAAGGAUAACUCAUUAAGACAUACCACUAAUCAAAUGCACUGGAAUUCCUAGCGAAGACUGAGAUAUCUCUUUUGUCCAGGCUAAUAAUUACCUUGACCCCUGCCUCUUUUGUAUAGCAAACAAUCUCAAGGAAACUUGCUUUUGUGACUGUUUAUACAAUCGUGGCAGCUUUGGUCUGCUUUGCACUCCUCUAUUUUUAAGACAAAUGAUCAGGACAUAUUUAACAUCAGAACAUCCCAAUUCUGCAACAGGUUCAAUGAAUUCAGGAUAGUGUUGCCUGUUUGCAGAGAGGACAAGAAAAAACUUGUUUCUUCAGUGCUGAAAGAUUUAAUGAACUUAAAUGAAAGUUCAACAAAUGAAAGAAAAAAACAUAUUGGGAUAAAUACAGAAAAUGCUGGAAAUACUCAGCAGGUAGUGCAGAUCUGGGAGAGAGCAAGACACAAUUCAGGACUGUGUUCUUUCAUCAAAGAUAAAAUAUAUUGCACAAUAAAUAAUAUGAAUUUUCAGUUGACAUUUAAGUAGGAUACAAGCAUUUUGAAGACCUAAGGAAUCAUAUUUUAUUUCCCAAAUAUUAAUUAGCGUUAUUUCUUUUAGAGUUUCAGAGAGAAAACAGUUUAGCUUCCAGAUCUAACCCUGCUUUGGUUCAAUUGCAUGGUUUCUCGUGAGCGAGCUUUGAGAGGCUUUAAUUGUUUUGUGAUGGAUAUUGCAAAGACUAAAUUUCUGAUGUUAUAGUAAAACGGCUGAAAGUAUCCUGAAGUUUACUGUUUUUUAACAAAUUGUGUCAUUUUAAUUUAGUGCUCUGUUUUAAAGGUUGCAUCAGCCUUCAUAGUUACAUUAAUUGAGAGCCAAGCUAAGGAAUUGAAUCAGUGUAUCAAAUUGUUGUGUUUUAGCUGUGACCUCAGUUGCAAUUACUGCUUUUGUGUAUCCUAACUGCAACAAGCAUUCUAAAAAUUACUGCCUUUGUGUAUCAUAAUUUGUACACAAAAACCAGGGUGGAUUCAAAAUGAAGAAACCAAAAUGCUGCUGGAAAUCUGGAAGAAUCAGAAAAUGCUGGAAAUACUCCACAGUUCGGAUGAAGAGAGAAAAGAGAGUCAACAUUUUGGUUGAUGACAUCUCGAUUAAAUUAUUGUUUACGUUCAAUACUGCUUUCAGCUGCCUAGGCCCCCAAGUUCUGCAUUUCCACCUUCCUCACCCUCCCAAAGCUCUCCUUCUCUCUUUCCACCUUGAAGACCAUCCUUAAAACCUACUACUUUGACCCAACUAUUUGAUAGUUUGCCCUAAUAACUCCUUAAGUGGCUCAAUAUCAAAUUUUGUUUGAUAAUGCUCCUGUAAAGUGCCUUGAAAUGUUCUAUCACAUUAAAGGUGCUGUAUAAAUGUA